AAAAGUUGCCUAACUUCAGAUGACACCUGUUAACUCAACCCAGUUUGUUUGUCAUCCCCUGAUGGUUAUUCAUGUGGAUUGAGAGGAACCCACCCACUCUCUUUGCAAGUAACCAGCAGAGCUUUUAAUUCAACUGCUGGUGGACAGCCAGCCAGCUGCAGAUUGGGGAGUUGUGAGUAAGACCUCACACCUUGCUUAUCCUUCACAUUACUUGUGUACCAAACAACCCCACCAUCCAGUUCCUCAUAUUAGCAAGGGACCAAGUGACAACAGAGCAAAAUUCCUUCGUGUUGACAUGAAGUCUCCAAAGCAAGGAUGGUUCUGUGUAUUAUCUCUACUGAUUCUGCCACCCCUGUCCCUGGGGACCCUUGAACCAGACUGUGUCGCCAUCACAGAGUGGAAACAGAAUGAAACUGACUGCUUAGAAGAGAUCCAGCUGCACAUGAACGAAACCGCAGGUUGCAAAAGACUAUGGGACCGGCUUCUGUGUUGGCCUGAUGCAAAUCUUGGAGAGUCGUUUUCCUUCAACUGUCCAGGCAUCAUUUUCCACUUCACAAAGGAAUCAGGUAAAGUGAAGCGAAGUUGCACCGACCAAGGCUGGUCUGACCCAUCUCCGCCGUAUUCGGAAGCUUGUUCGAUAGAAGAUGACAUCUCUCUGGAUGAAGUUUCUUUCUUUUCGACGAUCCAAACCAUCUAUACGGUGGGUUACAGCAUUUCAGCUACCACUCUGGCCGUGGCAAUCUUUAUCCUCUUGGCCUUCAGGCGACUCCGCUGCUCAAGGAACUACAUCCAUGUCCACCUUUUCGUGACUUUCAUCUUGAAGGCCAUGGCCAUCUUCAUCAAGGACUCCGUUCUCCUGGACAGCAAAGGGAGUGAUUACUGCACCUAUUCCACGCCCGAAUGUAAGAUCUCGAUGGUGUUCCUUAACUUUUCCACCAUGGCCAACUUCAUGUGGCUCUUAGUAGAAGCUAUCUACCUCAACUGCCUGCUCCUUUCUUCCUUUUCCCACGGAAGCAAAUACUACUGGUGGCUUGUCCUCUUUGGAUGGGGUAAACGCUUCUCUAAGUCGACUCUGCUUCUCAUCCCCUUGUUUGGGACUCAUUACAUCAUCUUCAACUUCCUGCCCGAAUACAGCCACGUGGGAGCCCGUCUCUACUUGGAGCUGUGCAUUGGAUCGUUUCAGGGCUUUGCCGUUGCCUUUUUGUACUGUUUUCUGAAUCAAGAGGUACAAGCAGAAGUAUGCCGGAAAUGGCGAGGCAACAAUUAUGAAUUUAUGAUGCCUAUUAGGAGGAGGAAGACCAAAUGGACGAUGCCCUCCGCUUCCGGAAUCAAAGUGACAAACCUGAUGUUUAAGAAUUAAUUGAAAUCAGCGUUUUUCAACCUUGACCGCUUGAAGAUAGGUGGACUUCAAUUCCCAGAAUUCCUCAGCCAGCAAGACUGGCUGAGGAAUUCUGG